GAAGUGAAGAAGAUCAAAGAUAUGAUCUUAUAAGAGAUAUUAUUAAUAAUACAGAAAAUAUCAAAGAAAUAUCAGAUUCAUCAGAAAUAUUUAAAGAUAUUGAAGUAUUAAAUCAAACUUUAUUAACAAGAAAUCGUGAUAAAUUAGAAUUAGAAAGAGAACGAAAAUUACACUACAAUAAUAGGUUAUAUGAUAUUAUUAGUUCAGCUAUCAAAAUAGAAGAAGAUAUUGAUAAAUUACAAAAAGAAUGGCAAGAGGUUAUUAAAAAUAAUCUUGAUCAAGAUUUUUUUACUGAUAGAAUUAAAGAAUUAAAAGAAAAAGAAAAUACAUCAAAACGUCCUUUAGAAGAUGAUGAUAUACCAGCAAGAAAUUUAGAUAAAGCAAAACAAAUUCGAGAUGAUUUAGGAUCUUUUGAUAAACAAAUUAAUUUUAUUAUUACUCAAUAUAAAAAAAUAUUAUCUAAUGUUGAUUUAUUAAAGUUUUUUUCUACAAGAAAAAAUAAAUCAGUUGUAAAAUUUAUCAAAGAAGUAUAUGAUAAAA